AUGGUGCGUAGCGGGCCUCUACGCGUGAGCUUGGCGAGCGCGAGCACGAGUACGCUCGCGCUCGCACAGCCAGGAAAUAGCAGCCCAAGCACGCUGCACGAGAAAAAUGCGACCCACUCGCUGGGACUACACCGCGCAGCAGGCACCGGCAACGUUGCGCUGGUCCUGUAUGCACUCGAGAACGGGCAAUCGCCGAAUAGCAUGCUGCAUGGUGUCGCACCGCUGCACGUCGCAGCAUGCGUCGGAGACCUCGUCGCGACGCAGCUCCUCAUCGCGUUCGGCGCAGACGUCCAGCUUUCCCGCGCGCGCGCACGCGCCGCCGGCGGGCCCGGCGUCGAGGGGUCGACUGCGCUGCACUUUGCCGCUGCCAAUGGUCACUAUGCUGUGGUGUGCACGCUUCUGGAGAACGGUGCGCGCCCAGCGCCGGUCGACAAGGACGGACAAACACCCGAAUCACUAGCCUCGGCCAACCAACACACCCAGUGCGUCGCGGUGAUACGGCAGUACCUCGACACGUACGGGCCAGACGGGCACGUGGAGCCAUACAGCGUGCGUGAGCUGGGGUACACGAUGCAGUGGGGCGACGCGGCGCUCGCGCCGAUCUCGCGCGAGGGUACGCCGGACCUCGCCGUGCGCACGCCCGUGUUUUCCGCCCCUCUGGUCCCCCAGACGCGGCGUGCCUCGCCGGCAGUCCCGCUGAGUGUGCGCACGGACGUGCAGGACGCGCCGCAGCGCACUGGCACCGUCUCGCCGCCGCUCGACGCACGGCGGCGGCCGAGCCUGCCCUACUUUUUGGAAAAGGCGGCGCACCCCGCGUCGUCGCUGCGUGCGCUGUGGCCCCAGAGCGCGAGCACUGCGCCGGCGAUCCACAAGGUGCUCCACGAAGACGAGUCCCCGGGGCUACGCGUGCCGCGCAUCAACUCGCGAGCGAGUCUCUCGAGCCUGCUCAAGCGCGCGACAGGCAGCGCGUAUCCCCGCACGCCCGAGGAGCGGCACACGCCGCCGCUCCGCACGGACGACAGCGAGACAUCCUCGCGCUUUUCCGGUGUCUUGUCGCCGACGGCGCUCCUGUCGCUCGUGCAGCGGCGCUCGCAGGAAAAUCUGUCUGUCUCGUCGACCGAUGCGAGCGAGGCGUCGCCGAGUCUCUCGGCGUCGCCCGUAUCCGACUCGACGAGCAGCCGCAGCACCGGGCGGACACGCAGCGACCUGUCGCGCCCGGCGGCGCGCCCCAGCGAGGCGCUGCGCAGCCUCGAAGGGCCUGCGCCCGGCCUGCUCCCCCCCGUCACGACACGCACGUACCGCGUGCGGAGCAACAGUGCGUCUGGCGCGCGGCUUGGGCGCACAUGGGACGAGCGCGACGCGGCGCAGAACGUCCAGGCGACGCGCGCCCGUGCGAGCUCUGAAGUGCAGCCCGUGUCGCUGGGACGUGGCGAGAUGCCGGUGCUCGGCACGUCGCUGGGCCGUGGCGAGAUGCCGGUGCUCGGCGCGUCGCUCGGGCGCACCGAGGCGCGCUCGUCGCAGAGCAGUGCGUCUCUGUGCCCCCCCCCACCCUCCGAAAGUGCCUCGUCGCGCUCUUCGCCGUCGUCUGGCGAGGUUGUGCAGAGCAUUCUCGACCAAGGCACGGUGCUUGGCGCGGCGCCCGACAAAGGGCAGCACUCGUCGCUUGCGAUUCUCCUUGCGCAGUACGGCGAGACGCUGCACCGUCCCUCUGUGGAUAAAACAUAG